AUGGAUCCCAACAAUUCUUCUAAUUAUCCCAACAAUUCUCAAAAUUCCAACAAUUAUCAAAACCCCAACAAUUAUCAAAAUCCCAACAAUUAUCAAAAUUCAAAUCAAUUUUUCAACCAACAUCCUCAAAACAUACCUAAUUUUGGUUUAACACCAAAUUUCAACCAAUCAUCCUUUGUUACAAACUUUCAUCCAUAUUAUGGAUUUAUGCUGAGAAAUCCAUCUCAAACACCCCCGUUUAAUAGUUACAUGCAGAUGGUUAAUGAAAAUUUUCCGAGUGGCGGUACACCUAACUUUCCCGAAUUUUCAACACAAAUAACUAUUGCUAAUGAAGAUUCAACACCCAAGAGCAAGAAAAACCAGCAACCAUCAUGGAACACUGAACAAAAUUUGGUGCUAAUUAGUGGGUGGAUCAAAUUUGGAACAAGCAGUGUUGUCGGGAGAAACCAGAAAGGUGAAACAUAUUGGGGUCAAAUUCCUACUGUUAAUUUCUUUGUGAAUCAGCGUCCCUAUAAUAUGACAUACUAUCUAGCUGAUGGUAUCUACCCUUCUUAUCCAACUUUCGUCAAAUCGAUUAGACUUCCUCAAAGUGAACCCGAUAAGUUAUUUGCAAAAUAUCAGGAGGGAUAUCGGAAGGACAUCGAACGUGCAUUUGGAGUUCUUCAAGCUCGAUUUAAAAUCAUCCUUGAACCAGCUCGCUUGUGGGACAUAGCCGAUUUGGGUAUCAUAAUGAGAUCAUGCAUCAUAUUACAUAAUAUGAUUGUUGAGGAUGAACGAGACUCAUAUGCUCAACGUUGGACCGAUUUUGAGCAAUCUGAGGAAAGUGGAUCUAGUGCACCGCAACCAUACUCGACCGAGGUGUUACCCGCUUUUGCAAAUCAUGUGCGUGCUAGAUCCGAGUUCCGUGAUCCAAAAGGUCAUCAAGAUUUGCAAGCAGAUUUAGUAAAGCACAUAUGGACAAAGUUUGGAAUGGGACGUGAUUGA